AUGGAUAUUUCCGCUCCCUCGGAGAAAAAGCCGUCCUAUCAGCAAGCCGACGAAAAGUGCGAUGGGGACCUUGAGGCCACUGCGCCCGGCCAUCUGGAUGAGGCCCGAGAUUUCCAUCAGGGGCUGCAUCAGCGCCACAUUCAGAUGAUCGCUCUGGCAGGGACGAUCGGGACUGGGUUGUUCUUGAGUUCCGGACGAGCAAUUGCCCACGCAGGUCCCUUGGGCGCCUUUUUGGCGUAUUCGAUCAUCGGCGGGGCGGUCUUCAGUGUGGUGGCAGCGGUAGGCGAAAUGGGCAGUCUUGUCCCACUUCAGGGUGGAGUCAUUCGGUAUGCAGAGCUGUUCGUCGAUCCAGCCCUCUCGUUCGCCAAUGGAUGGAACCAGGUCUAUUCCUACUUCGUGUCUAUCCCAUCAGAGAUCGUCGCCGCUGCCGUGGUCAUCGAAUUCUGGACCACCAUCAACAAUGCUAUCUGGAUCACCGUCUUUGGCUUGCUCAUGCUGAUCACCGCCUUGGUGUUUGUGCGCGUCUACGGCGAGCUCGAGUUCGGCUUCUCGAUCCUCAAAAUUAUGCUUGUUAUCGGAAUCAAUCUCAUGGCGCUAGUCAUUACUUGUGGUGGUGGCCCAAACCAUACCAGCAUUGGGUUCCGGUACUGGCGCGAUCCUGGGCCGUUUGUGCAAUAUCUCGGGAUUGGAGGAUCUCUAGGACGAUUUCUGGGUUUCUGGACGUCUCUGAACAGUGCCCUUUAUUCUUACAGCGGCAUAGAGAACAUCACAGUCGCGGCUGCGGAAACACGUUCCCCACGUCACGCCAUCCCCAUGGCCGCCCGUCGCAUCUUUGUCCGGAUCCUGCUCUUCUACGUCUUGACUAUCUUCAUGAUCGGGCUCGUUGUUCCCUCCAACGACCCUAAUCUUUUGGGUUCCUCUGGAACUGCGUCUGAGUCGCCGUUUGUAAUUGCCGCUCGGACUGCCGGAAUCAAAGUCAUUCCAUCCAUCAUCAAUGCGGUGGUGCUCACCUCCGCCUGGUCCUCCGGCAACUCGAACAUGCUGGGCGGCUCGCGCAUUAUGUAUGCGAUGGCGGCAGAAGGUCAUGCACCGAAGUGCUUCAUGCGCAUCAAUCGCUUCGGCAUUCCGUAUGUAUCCGUGACGCUCCUGGGUAUCUUCAUGGCGUUGGGCUAUAUGACGCUCUCGAGUUCUGCCAGUACCGUCUUCACCUGGCUACAGGAUAUCGUAUCAAUCUCCACCUUGGUCAACUGGGGAUGUAUCUGCAUUGUGUAUCUUCGAUUUCUGUACGCAUGCAAGAGGCAGGGGAUUGAUCGGCACAAGGAGUUGCCAUGGACUGCGCCUUUCCAGCCGUGGGGUACGUGGUUCUCGCUAGGUCUUUUCAGCAUCCUGUUCCUGACAGGCGGCUAUCAAACGUUUAUCCACGGCCACUGGUCCACGGAGACAUUCAUCUCAUCGUAUCUGAAUGUGCCAAUCAUUUUCACACUGUACUUCGGCUACAAGCUCUGGGCAAAGAGCAAGAUUAUCGGGUUGGACGAUGUGCCCAUCCGGCCUUUCAUUGAUCGCUACCAAGCCAAUCCAGAUCCGGAGCCAGUGCCGAAACGCGGGCUCAGCCGGCUAAACUUUCUAUGGGGUUGA